ACGUCAUUCAAUUCCCUCCUAUAAAUAACAUGCUAAGUAUAUUUUCACUAUAAAACAAAUCAAGGUGGAAAAAAGAUUAGAAAAAACGAAAAUGAAAAUUGAGGAAAAUGAUUUAUCAAUGCCACAUGUUGUGGUAAUUCCCUACCCAAGCCAAGGCCACAUUAACCCACUCCUUCAAUUUGCUAAACGUUUAGCCUCUAAAGGCAUCAAAGCUACAUUAGCCACCACUAAACAAACCCUCUCUUCCAUUUCUACCCUCCAUAACAUCGCGGUCGAGCCGUUAUCGGACGGGUUCGAAGAUGGCGGCAAACCGGAAGCCGGGGCCGAGGACGUCUUCCUUAACUCGUUUAAGUCAAAUGGUUCUAAGUCCUUGGUAGGACUUAUCGAAAAAUAUCGAAACACGUCGUUUCCUGUGACUUGUGUGGUAUACGAUGCGUUUUUGCCGUGGGCUUUGGACGUGGCUAAGGAUUAUGGCUUACUUGGCGCCGCGUUUUUUACUAACUCGGCUACGGUUUGCUCCAUUUUUUGCUGUGUGGACCGUGGGUUAAUUGAGUUGCCAAUUAAGCCGGAUGCGGUUGGGUGUGCUUUGCCUAAAAUGCCCUUGUUUAAGGGUAAUGAUUUGCCUAGUUUUCUCAAGAAACCUGAAAGCUACCCCGCUUACUUGGCUAUGAAGUUGAGUCAAUUCUCUAAUGUGGACUUGGCUGAUUGGAUGUUUUGCAACUCUUUUGAAGAUUUAGAGUUGGAGGUUAUCGAAGGUGUAACAGAGAAAUGGCCGGCAAAAUUAAUCGGACCUAUGGUUCCAUCAUCCUACUUAGACGGAAGAAUUGAAGGAGACAAUGGUUACGGAGCAAGUUUGUGGAAACCAUUAAGCGAAAAGUGCAAAGAAUGGCUACAAAAUAAGCCAAGAAAAUCAGUAAUUUACAUAUCUUUUGGUAGCAUGGUUUCACUAACUCAAGAACAAGCCGAGGAAAUCGCAUAUGCAUUAAAAGAAAGCAACUAUUACUUCCUUUGGGUGGUUAGGGAGUCUCAAUUUAAUAAACUUCCAAAAGGGUUUCAAGAAGAAGUGUCGAGGACACAACGAGGAAUGAUAGUUACAUGGUGCAACCAACUCGAGGUUUUAGCACACGAGGCAACUGCUUGUUUCGUGACUCAUUGUGGGUGGAACUCAACACUCGAAGGGCUUAGCCUUGGGGUGCCAAUGGUGGGGGUCCCACAAUGGAGUGAUCAGUUGCCUGACGCGAAGUUUAUUGAGGAGGUUUGGGAGGUUGGAGUUUGGGCUAAGGAAGACGAUAAAGGAGUGGUUAGGAGAGAAAACUUAAGAGAAUGUUUGAAGGAAAUAAUGGAAGGGAAAAGGAGUGAAGAGAUAAGAGAGAACGCUUCCAAAUGGAGAGAGUUGUCUAAGAAAGCAGUUAGUCAUGGUGGGAGCUCAGACAUCAACAUUGAAGACUUUGUUCAACAUUUGAGGUGUACUAGUUCUACAACUACACCAAAUAAGCUUGAUUGAUGGAUUUAGGGUUGAUUUUCUUUAUAAUCAGUGGAAAAUAAAGCAUCAAUAUUAUUAGACAAUUUUGCCUAGCAUGGCUAGAUUUUACUAGGAAAAUGAUAGAAGUUGACUUGACUUGACAAAAGUAUAUUGUUGAGUGCACGAUGUACCUCUUCUAGUAAACUAUUCAAGACAAUGUUAAGGUUAACAUCUUAGACAACGACAUAAAUUAUACGAA